AUGUCUGACUAGGAGGCAAAACUGUCAAUAUUGGGGGAUAAGAAGGAAGGAGAAUAUGUUAAAUUCAGCAUUGAACAAGAUAGCAUUGAGAUUUGCUUCAAGGUGGAAAUGACAACUCAUCUCAAGAAACUGAAAGAAUUGUACUGUCAAAGACAGGGAGUGCCAAUGAAUUCACUCAGGUUUCUCUUUGAAGGUGAGAGAAUUACUGAUAAUCACACUGCAGAAGAAUUGGGAAUGGAAGAAGAUGAUGUGAUUGAUGUUUAUCAAAACAAAAGGGGGAGUCAUUCAGCGAUUUAGAUUAUCUUUCCUUUUUUUCUUUACCCUCAGUCCUUUUUUAUUUUUAAAAAUAGUUCUUUUGUAAUGUGGUGUUCAAAAUAGAAAA